AUGUCUUCUCACGAGACUUUCACGAUCAAGCGAUUCCUGGGCCAGAAACCAAAGGAGAAUCAUCCCAUUCCCCAGUGGACUCAAAUGAAAACUGGUAAUAAAACCAGGUACAGCUCCAAGAGAAGACACUGGAGAAGAACCAAGCUGGGUCUAUAG